AUGCGACGCCGAAAAAUUGUCAAAAAAGGAUUCAGACUUACCCUCAUGGUCUGCGGCCAUAGUGGAACAGGCAAAUCAACCUUCAUCAAUACCCUUUGUGAAGGUGAAGUCUACCCAGAAAUGGGUACAACCUCUCCUCCAAAUCCCACCAUGGAGAUUGGGACCCGAACUGUUGACCUAAAUGAACCUGAUGGAACUGUCAUCACCCUCUCAGUAGUAGACACACCUGGAUUUGGAGACAAUAUCGAUAAUUCCAAAUGUUGCAACAAGAUUAUCGAUUAUCUCAAAAAACAAUUUGACGAGAUUUUAGAAGAAGAAUCAAGAGUCAAGAGAAACCCCCGUUUUGUAGAUAACCGCGUACACGUUGCCCUCUACUUUGUCGCCCCCACAGGUCAUGGUCUUCGCGAACUUGAUAUUGAAGUAAUGACUGCUCUUUCCUCUCUUGUCAAUGUCAUUCCAGUUAUUUCCAAAGCAGAUACUCUUACCUCUGGGGAACUCACCUUUAACAAAAAAGUCAUUAUGCAGGAUAUUAAGGACUACAAUAUCCCCAUUUAUUACUUUUCUUGUGACCCAAAUGACGACGAGUGCUUGGAAGAAUGCAUUGCCCUCCGUGACUUGGUCCCCUUUGCCAUUGUGGGCUCUAACGAAACAGACAAGGAUGGAGAUGAAUUUAUCAGAAUCCGUAAAUACCCCUGGGGGACUGUCCGCAUUGAAGAUACUGAGCACUCAGAUUUUAUUGCUCUUCGUUCAGUUCUUUUUGGCUCCCAUUUGCAAGAGCUACGUGAUAUUACCCACGAGGUUUUGUAUGAAAAGUACAGAACUGAAAAGCUUUCAGAGAAUUCAGGAAAUGGAUACAAUGAUGACCAACCCAUGUCAAGAUCUCGUCACAACUUUUUGGCUCAACCUAUGCUCAAUGGUGGAAGUGCCACCCCUGCAAAUAAUAGCAUGUACCUGGACCAAAAAACCUUGAAGGAUAUUGAAGAAAAGGUUUCACGUGAAAUUCAAGAAAAACGCAAGGAAUUGUUUGCUAGAGAAGAACAACUUCGUGACAUUGAAUCUCAGCUGCAUCGUGAUGGAAAAGCUGGUGCUGAAGAUGGUGCUGCUGUUGCUGCUGUUGCCGCUGCCGCUGCUGCUGCUGCUGCUACUACUACUACUACCAAUAUUAACACAACAAUGAAUGGGACUUUGCCCAAGAAUGGUAGCAUGGCUUCUGUCUCCACCAAUGGAAUUGCAGGUGCUCGUGGAGGUAAUGGUACAAUGAAUACCACGACCAGCACGGCCACUGGGGUAUCUAAUGGCAAUAGCAAUAACAAUUCAGUUGCUAGUCCUCGUCAUGUUACUACCUCGACCAAGGGCAAGGAGCUUACCCAGCACCAUGCAGCAAUGGCGGCCGCUGCUGCUGCUGCUGCUGCUGUCGGAGAAGAUGUGGAUGACUCUGAUGGGUAUCAUCAUUAUUCUUCAACCAAUAGUCACAAGAGAGAUGGGUCGAAUAAUAAUAAUAAUAAGGAUUCUCCUUGA